AUGCACACAGGCACGAGCUCUGCAAAACGCGGCGUUCGCUGCGGGAGUCGGCGGGGGCUGUGGGUGCUGCUUGCGGUGGUACUUUUCGCAUGCAUCGCGCUGGACGCCGCGACACUCGCUGCGGCGGAAGGCGCCCCGAAGUAUUCCGCGGCGCCAGCUCACAUGAGUUGCGCCGAGGGGGUGAGGGCGUACCUGCUGCAGACCUUGACAAGGCGUGCGGGGGUUGAGGCGUUGGUGGCGAGGGCGCGCGCCGAGCUGAACGAGCUACGCAGCAUCUUGGAGGAGGAGAGAAGCGGGCAGCGGAGACCAAGCAGUGACACGCAAACGCGUCUGAAAGCCGCAUGGGCCGAGUUCGAAUCCGCGUCGGCGGCGGCGCGGAAGUUUGAUGAGUCGGUUAUGAAGUCCCACGGCAGCCUGCCGCACACGUGUAUUCGUGAGGUGAACGCACUCUCCGCGGCGGACCCCGACGCCGAGGACUUCGUUGGACGGACGAAGUACCUGCUGGAAAACGCCAUACUGCACCUGCGCCUCUACGGCGAGACGCUGCGUGGGGUGGUGCUCUUUAACGUGGCGGAGUACAAGUCGGCCGUGGACUUCUACAAGGAGGUUGUCCGCUCCUUUAAUGCGAAGGCGCAAAAGGCCUACGACGAGCUUCAGCUGCGCAAGAGGAAUCGAAGCUUUGAAGAGGAAAAAGGCGGACUGUGGGAGUUGGCAGAGUUCGCUCUGAUGUACGCCCGGGCCGCCAGCCUCGCGCUAGUGCCCUGGGCCACGCUCUUUUCGAUGUGCGUCCUGCUGUUCCUCUUCGCUCCAUUCCUCCUCGCGGCGGUGGUGAUCCCGCAGCUCGUCUGGCGAGUGUGGCUGCAGCUCUUCUUUCUGCACCACACCUACGGACUAACCGUCGACGGGCUGCUUCUCUCCCUGCGGCAGUACCUCGAUCUUGUCGUGCAGAAGGACUGGGCGGGGCUGCAGGAGCGUUGCGUGACCGCGGUAUUGGACUUGGCUGCCCCCGAUAAUGAGCUGGGGACGUUUUUUAACGGCAUCCUCGCCGCCGCGCUGGUGCUGACCAGUGCGUUGCUGGUGCUCAUGCUCAUAUACUACUGGGUGCGGCUGCCGUACGCGAUUAUUGCGCCGGAGGUUGAGCUCUGGCGCAACAGAAAUGCACUGCGGCAACUGCAAAAAGAAAUGGCAAAGCCUGCGAGCAGCAGCCCCGCCCCCACAGCAGCGACUACUGCGAAUGAGGGCAAUGAAAGUAAGGCCCCCGCCCAGGCCGCCGCCGCCGCCCGCGGCACGAAGAAGGCGGACAGGGACAAGCAGGAAGGCGGCGGUAGCGGAAGCAGCAGCAGCAGUCUGGAGAAGAGCAGGAGAAAGAAGAAGGCGUAA